UGGGGCCCCCUCUGCACUGGCGCGCCACCGAGGCCCUCGCCUCCGUCCGCCGGCGGCGGCGGCGGCGGCGGUGGCCCCUCCGCCUCCUGCCCUCCCUGCCGCUGCGAUUGCUCCUCCCAGCCGCUCCUCUCCCUCGGCGACGAAUUGAUCAACAACACCUUCACAGAUUGUGUAAAGCAUGACCCAGAGGUAAGCGAAGAAAUGGAAAAGAGCUUCACGGAGUUGCUAAUGGAGGAAGUGAGGCUGAGGGAAGCUCAAGCCUUGGAGAACCAGCAGCGUGCUGAUAUAAGACUGUUAGAGGCCAAGAAAAUGGCAUCUCAAUAUCAGAAGGAGGCAGACAAGUGCAGUUCUGGGAUGGAGACAUGUGAAGAAACGAGGGAAAGAGCUGAAGCAAUAUUAGAAGAACAGAGAAGGGUAACAGAAAUGUGGGAACUCAGGGCUCGUCAGAGAGGAUGGCAAGAAGGGUUCCAAUAGUUUUUCUUCUCAGAUCCGAUCGUUAUAAAUAUGUAAGUCAAGUGAAAGAACCAUUCUGCAGAUUUGAUCCUUGAGAAUUUUCUGUUUAGGGGUUGCACUGAUUUUAUUAGGAAGGUGUAUUGGAUUCAUUCUUUCAUUCAUUCAUGUACUUAUUAUUACACUUCAGAACUUCUACCCAGAUUAGAAGUAAUUUAAAGCCCUACUGCUUAACCUCCACUUCCU